UGCCCGGUCCCUUCCAUCUCCGGCACACACACACACACACACGCACGCACACACACACCCCAUUGAUCAAUAUUUGGCUGUCUUGCUGCAACUUGCUGCAGUCUUUUAAAGGAGUAGUAGAGAGAGAGGGAGAGAGAAAGGGAAACUGGCAGGAAGGGGUAAGGAGCUACACAUGUCACAUGUGCUUUCUAAGACGGCCAGGAGCAUCUGCAGGCUGGAUCUGGUGGAGGAUGCUGCGGCAGGUGAUACACAGAGGGCUCCAGUCGUUUUUCUACAAGCUGGGCUUAUUCGUGAGCAGGCAUCCGGUGUUUUUCCUCACUGUGCCCGCAGUCCUGACCAUCAUCUUCGGCUUCAGCCUGCUCAACCGCUUCCAGCCUGACACUGACCUGGAGAGCCUGGUAGCCCCCAGCCACAGCCUGGCCAAGAUCGAGAGGAGCUUAGCCAGCAGCCUUUUCUCCCUCGAUCAAUCCAAAAGCCAGCUGUAUUCGGACUUGCACACCCCGGGGAGGUAUGGCAGGGUGAUUCUCCUCUCCAAACCCGGAGGCAAUAUUUUGCAUCAGGCUGAUGUGAUCCUGCAGAUCCACCGAGCCGUGCUGGAAAUGAAGGUGAACUACAAAGGCUAUAAUUAUACUUUUUCCCAUCUGUGUGUGUUGAGAAAUCAGGAUAAGAAAUGCGUGCUGGAUGAUAUUAUUUCAGUGCUAAAGGAUCUGAGGCAGGCUGCCCUCUCCAAUAAGACAACAGCCAGUGUGCAAGUGAGCUAUCCCAACACUAAAUUAAAGGAUGGAAGGAGCAGUUUCAUUGGCCACCAGCUUGGAGGGGUAAUGGAAGUGCCAAACAGCAAGGACCAGAGAGUCAAAUCAGCCAGAGCCAUCCAAAUCACUUACUACCUCCAAACGUAUGGCUCUGUCACCCAGGACCUCAUUGGGGAGAAGUGGGAGAGCGAAUUCUGUAAACUGAUGCACAAGAUGCAGCUGGAUCACCAGGAUCUGCAGCUCUACUCUUUAGCAUCCUUUAGCCUCUGGAAGGACUUCCACCAGACCAGUCUCUUGGCCAGGGGCAAGAUUUUGGUGAGCCUGAUGCUGAUUCUCCUGACUGCAACCCUCUCGAGCUCCAUGAAGGACUGCCUGCGUAGCAAACCUUUCCUGGGACUCCUGGGAGUGCUCACUAUCUGUAUUUCCAGUGUCACUGCGGCAGGGAUAUUUUUCAUUACUGAUGGAAAAUAUAAUUCUACUCUGUUGGGAAUCCCUUUCUUCGCUAUGGGUCAUGGAACCAAAGGAGUGUUUGAACUUCUUUCAGGAUGGCGUCGGACCAGGGAGAAUCUGCCCUUCAAAGACCGAGUAGCAGACGCCUACUCAGAUGUCAUGGUCUCCUACACCAUGACCAGCUCCUUGUACUUCAUAGCCUUCGGCAUGGGGGCAAGCCCCUUCACCAACAUCGAAGCUGUAAAAGUCUUCUGCCAGAACAUGUGUGUCUCCAUCCUGUUGAACUACUUCUACAUCUUCUCUUUCUUUGGCUCCUGCCUGGUCUUUGCUGGCCAGCUGGAGCAGAACCGGUACCACAGCAUCUUCUGCUGUAAAAUCCCCUCGGCAGAAUACCUGGACCGGAAACCUGUGUGGUUCCAGACCAUGAUGAACGACGGCCAUCAGCACACUUCCCACCAUGAGACCAACCCGUACCAGCACCACUUUAUCCAGCAUUUUCUCCGAGAGCACUACAACGAGUGGAUUACCAACAUCUACGUCAAGCCAUUUGUGGUGAUACUGUAUCUCAUCUAUGCCUCUUUCUCCUUUAUGGGGUGCUUACAGAUUAAUGAUGGAGCCAACAUCAUCAACCUUCUUGCCAGUGAGUCCCCGAGCGUCUCCUAUGCCCUCAUACAGCAAAAGUAUUUCAGCAACUACAGCCCCGUGAUCGGCUUCUACAUCUAUGAACCUCUGGAGUACUGGAAUGGUACUGUGCAAGAAGAUCUAAAAACACUCAGCCAGGGGUUCAACACCGUGUCCUGGAUUGAGCAGUACUACCAAUACCUUCGAGUUGGUAACAUCAGUGCAACCAACAAAAGUGACUUUAUCAGCAUCCUCCAGAGCUCCUUUUUAAAAAAGCCAGAAUUCCAGCACUUCAAAAAUGACAUCAUUUUCUCCAAAGCUGGAGAUGAGAACAAUAUAAUUGCUUCUCGUCUGUACCUUGUGGCCAGGACUAGUGAAAAUACACAGAGGGAAGCAGUGGAACUGCUGGAGAAGCUGAGGCCCCUUUCUCUUAUACAGAGCAUCAAGUUCAUUGUGUUCAACCCUACUUUUGUUUUCAUGGACCACUAUGGUUUAUCAGUAACUAUGCCUGUCCUGAUUUCUGGUUUUGGCAUCCUGCUGGUGUUAAUACUGACCUUUUUCCUGGUUAUCCACCCUCUGGGAAAUUUCUGGUUAAUCCUCAGUGUCACCUCAAUAGAGCUGGGUGUCCUUGGCUUGAUGACCUUAUGGAAUGUAGACAUGGAUUGCAUUUCUAUACUGUGCCUUAUCUACACUUUGAAUUUUGCCAUAGAUCACUGUGCACCCCUGCUUUAUACAUUUGUAUUAGCUACUGAGCACACCCGAACUCAGUGUAUAAAGAACUCCCUCCAAGAGCAUGGGACAGCCAUUUUGCAGAACGUUUCUUCCUUUCUUAUAGGGUUGGUCCCCCUCCUCUUUGUGCCUUCAAACUUGACCUUCACACUGUUCAAAUGCUUGCUGCUUGCCGGCAGUUGCACACUUCUGCACUGUUUUGUUAUUUUGCCCGUCUUUCUAACCUUUUUUCCACCUUCCAAAAAGCACCACAAGAAAAAGAAACGGGCCAAAAGGAAGGAACGAGAAGAGAUCGAAUGCAUAGAGAUUCAGGAGAAUCCUGAUCAUGUUACAGCAGUCUGA